UUACUCACACAGAUCUCGCCGGAACGCUCUGACAUUUCAGUUCGGUAAUCCUACUCCUACAGACAGACCGCAUAACAAAGCUGCGGCACUAGAGGAUUUAAAUUGGCAUCGGCAGUGGCUAGAUUGUCUGCAAGAAUCCCUAAAGCUUCUUAGCACACGCGCGACGUGCUCCCACCCGGGAAAAGGAGUAAAGAUGGGCAGCAACGGCGCUCUCCUCUUCCGGCAGCAUCAGCAGCCGGCAUGGUUCGUCUCCUUCACCAUCCUCGGCGCAGUCUACGUCUUUGCCGUCUUCUCCCGUCUCCUCGCCCACCUCGCGCUCCUGCUGCGCCGCCCCACGAACCUCCGUCGCCGCUACGGCGCCUGGGCCGUGGUCACCGGCCCGACGUCGGGCAUCGGCCGCUCCGUCGCCCUGGAGCUCGCCCGCCGCGGCCUCAACCUCGUCCUCGUCGGCCGCGACCCCGCCAAGCUCCACGACAUCUCCGAGACAAUCUCCGCCACCCAUGGCGUUGACGCCAAAACCGUCGUGCUCGACCUCGCCCUAGUCGCCACCCCUCAAGGCGACGCGGCGCUGCGGCAGCUCUGGGAGGCUGUGGAGGGGCUGGACGUCGGGGUGCUGGUGAACAACGCUGGCCUGGCCAAGCCGUGCGCGGUGUACCUGCAUGAGGCGGACGUGGAUGCAUGGGUCAGGAUGAUCCGGGUGAACCUGUGGGCGCUCACGGAGGUGACGGCCGCGGUGCUGCCGGGGAUGGUGGAGAGGGGCAGGGGCGCCGUCGUCAACAUCGGCUCCGGGUCCAGUGAGGCCAUCCCGUCGUUCCCGCUCUACUCCGUCUACGCUGCCUCCAAACGGUACGUUGCUCAGUUCUCCCGGAGCCUUUACAUCGAGUACAGAAGCAAAGGGAUCGAUGUGCAAUGCCAGGCCCCUCUAUUCGUGGAUACGAAGAUGACGGCAGGUGUGGGGGGAUCAAGGAAGCGGCAAGGCCUCCUGUCACGGCUGACGGUGCCUACAUCGGACGUGUACGCCGAUGCGGCAGCACGCUGGAUCGGGCAUGGCCAAGUCUGCAUACCCAACCUCGUCCACCGGCUCCAGUGGUGCCUCUGUCGCGUCGUGCCGGACCACCUCCUUGACGCGCUACGACUCCGCAAGAACCUCCGGCAGCGGGCACUCUUCCAGCAGCUCCGGUCGGUGAGGGUCAAAGGUGGCCUAACGGGCAGCGAACAAAGCUAGUUUGUUGGUGUUCUAUGGUUGAAGAAAUCUACGAUACUCUCUCCAUUCACAAUUAUCGCACGUUCUGGAUUGAGUUAAAGUAAAGUUUGUAAAAUUUAGCCAAAAAUAGAAGAAAAAAAAAGUCAAUUUCAUAACAUCAAAUGCAUGUAACUUAAGCAUAUACUUUAUUGCGAUUGUAAUACAGUACAUUUUACAGUGUAUAUUUUAAUAUGUUUUUCUACAUAUUGGUCAAACAUUACAAAAUUUGAUUAUGACCAAACCGAGAAAGCAGUUAAUUGUGAACCAUUGGAAUA